CGCCCCGGGGAGGGACCGGGUGCCCCGCUCCGCCCCGCGGAGGCUCGGCACGGCACGGCUCGGCUCGGCACGGCUCGGCGAUGGGCUGCCCCGUGCUGCUAGCUUUGGCCGCGCUCCUGGCGCCCGCCGCCGCCUCGGCGAUCACGGCUCAAGAGGAGCAGCUCUUCAAGGCCUGGAUGCUGCAGAACGGGAGGCGCUACGGGCCGGCCGAGUACGGGCACCGGCUGCGGGUCUUCGUGGGCAACAAGCGGCGCAUCGACGAGCACAACGCCGGCAACCACAGCUUCGAAAUGGGCCUCAACCAGUUCUCUGAUCUGACCUUCACGGAGUUCAAAAAGAUGUACCUGUGGAGAGAGCCCCAGAACUGCUCGGCCACGAAGGGGAACUUCCUGCGCAGCUCGGGGCCGUAUCCUGACUCUGUUGACUGGAGGAAGAAAGGGAAUUACGUGACGCCUGUGAAAAACCAGGUGGGGAGCGGGAGCGAUGGGCAGCGCGGCAGGAGCGGGCCCGCAGGGGGGACCACCGCUGCGGGUCUUUUUCCCCAGGGAGCCCCUCGGUGCUGGGGCAGGAGGAGGCUGCAGCCUCCCAGGCAGAGGCUGAGCCCGGGUGGAGGCUGCAGGGAGCGCCGUGCCCCUGCCGUGCCUCCUGCCCUGGCUGGUGACCCCGCCGUGCGUUACAGACCAGCUCCUCUCUGGCUCCCAACGCAGGGCCCCUGCGGGAGCUGCUGGACCUUUUCUACCACGGGGUGCCUGGAGUCGGCGAUCGCGAUUGCGACAGGAAAGCUGCUCUCCCUGGCGGAGCAGCAGUUAGUUGAUUGCGCUCAGGCUUUUAACAACCAUGGCUGCAGUGGGGGCCUGCCAAGCCAAGCUUUCGAAUACAUAAUGUAUAACAAAGGGUUGAUGGGGGAGGACGCCUACCCGUACCGGGCUGAGAACGGCACGUGCAAGUUCCAGCCAGACAAGGCUAUUGCGUUCGUCAAAGAUGUUAUCAACAUCACACAGUACGAUGAGGCUGGCAUGGUGGAAGCUGUGGGGAAGUACAACCCGGUGAGCUUUGCAUUCGAGGUGACGAGUAACUUCAUGCACUACAGAAAAGGAGUCUAUUCAAACCCACGAUGUGAGCACACUCCCGACAAGGUGAACCAUGCUGUCCUAGCUGUUGGGUAUGGAGAAGAAAAUGGGACUCCUUACUGGAUCGUUAAGAACUCUUGGGGCCCUCUGUGGGGCAUGGAUGGGUAUUUCCUAAUUGAACGCGGCAAGAAUAUGUGUGGUCUUGCUGCUUGUGCAUCUUACCCUAUUCCCCAGGUGUAAGAGGAGAGCACAGGCUGGGGAAAGCGGAUACAGAAAAAGGAAUAAUUGAUCAUGUGUGAAUUUCUAAAUGCUAAAAUCAAGAAAGCAUGAAGAAGAAAGAAGUCUGCUGAUAUUUGUUACGUGCAGGUGGAUUCCUCUGCUUGCACAAAGCUUCUUGUGGUAGGCAGAUCUGUGCCUGCUCUCCCUACCCAAAACCAAGCGUGCUCCUGCACCGGCAGCCAGAACCCCUGGCUGCAGGCGGUGGUGUGUGCCGGGCUCCCCUGCGCUGAGAGUGAGGACAAGGGGCGGGGGAGAUCCAGGAGCACACAAGGUGAAAAUGCCACGCGGUCACACAACGUUAGGAUGCCAUACCACAACCUCACCCCUUCCUUGUGUCAGUUGUUUCUCAAUCAGCAGAUGCAACGUCUAGGGAUUUUUUUUUUUCUCUGAAGGCAAUUUUUCCUUUCUCUAGAGAAAGAUGAGUGCUGUGAUUUUGUAAGUUUUAUCUGUGCUCAUUUAAUGUUUUUAGUAUUUUUGUAAAAGAUGAAAAAAAUGAGGCUAUUUUAAGGAGAGCACUGAAGGAAUGGAUGAUUUUAUGAAUCAAUGAAGAAGCAAAAAGUUUAUUGCUGUUUGAAAGCAGGACUGUGAGAAGCCCUUUUGCCAGUAGAGGGCACUUGUGUGUAAUUUCGUGCUGGCCUGCCGCUGCCCCCGCUCCUGCCUGUUAAUUAAACGAAUAAAAACGACCUCCACGUUUCCCCCUA